UAAACAAAAUUAUGCAUAAAGCGUAGUUUGUUUGAAAACGGUCACCUUGGGAAAUCUCCGCCGACUCGCGUUAAAAGCAAAUGUCAGAGCGGAGCCGUCGUCAGGCUCUAGCAAGCGGAAAGAGGUAGUUGCGCAAAAAAAUCCGCUUAUAGAAGGUGUAUACGCUAUCUCGCAACUUCACGAGUAAAGUCCGCCCCGGCGAGUCUGACCGGCAAAGGAAAAACAAAAAGCGCGUCUCGUCGAUCGCGAAACAGAGAAGCGACGUGUUCCGUCGAGAAAAGAAGAAGAAGAAUAACGGAGAAGAGAAGAAGAGAGAAAUAAAAAGCAAAGCGAAAACAAGAAGAAGAGACGGAGGAGAAAGUAAGAUAAUCUCGAAUGGAAGAAGGAUGGGCAACGAAUUCUACGGAGAACACGAAUCUCCGACGACCCAGUGACAGAAUGAAACCGGUCAACGUUCUACAUCGUGUUCUCUUCUCCCUGUUGAUGAUCAACAUCACCGCAUCUAUCGCGGGAAAAUUGCAACCGGUCAAAUUUCUCGCAGAACGGAAUCGCGCGAUGCUGAGACGAAUCGCCAUCUCCCGCGAGGAAAAAUCGAAGAUUUGCUACGAUCUGGUUGGUUGCUUUGCGGAUCUGCCGCCGCAAUUGUCGUUAAGACGACCGCCCGAACAUCCCAGUAUCAUUCAGACCAGAUUCUUUCUUUACACACACGAGGAUCCGCAAACUCCGCAGCCCAUUCAAUACGGCGACGAUCUGAAAUCUAUUCUGCACUCGCGAUUCAAUGCCACCAAACAUCUCAAAGUGUUGAUACACGGUUUCAAGGGUAGCGGGAGCGACACCGGCAUGAUGCAAGCCAUAAAUUCGCUCUUCGAUAUAGAGGACUCGAACGUCAUCGUCUUAGACUGGACGAAGGGCGCCGGGACGAGUUACGGAAAUGCGGUAGCGAACAGCGAAUUGGUCGGUCGACAAUUGGCUCUGAUACUUCUGGACGUGAUCAACUUGGGGAUCAAUCCCCUCAAUAUUCACGUGAUCGGUUUCAGUCUCGGCGCGCAUGUGGCCGGUUGCGCGUCCGAAGUACUAAAGAAGAAGAAUCUGAUUCUGGGUCGCAUAACCGGUCUCGAUCCCGCGUCGCCGUUCUUCCGGAAUCACCUUUUCAGGGAAAAAGGAAGAAAAUUGGACGCAACCGACGCUCUUCUCGUUGACGUCAUUCACACGGACGGCUCGUCGGAUUUCGCCGACGGUUUUGGUUUACUGAAACCGAUCGGACAUAUAGAUUUUUUUCCAAACGGCGGUCGAGAGCAACCCGGUUGCACCGAUAUCAAGAAUUCGGUUGUGGUCAGCCAUUUGAAAGAGGAGCUACUGGAUCGUAAUAUAGCGUGCAGUCAUCUGAGAGCCUGGCAGCUCUUCGUGGACACCGUUCGCACGCAGAAGGAAGACAGAUGCAAAUUCAUCGCCUGGCCCUGUCCGCAGGGAGGAGUAUCCUACGCGCGAGGAACGUGUUUCCCAAUGGAAACGACCGACUGGCAUCAGGAAAUGGGUUACGCGGCCGAUCGCGGACCACUCGGAAUCUACUAUCUGGCGACCAGGGGCGAAACGCCGUUUUGUGGUCAACCGCUCAGAGCAUCGGUUAUAAUAUCCGACGGUAUGCCGAAAACAUCUGGCAUACUCUUUUUCAAAGUCUUAAUCGGCAACUCUACAACUUUGUUUAAAAUCCAGUGCACCUUGUCCAGACGGAGAAACGAAUGGAUGACAUUUUACAACAUCGCGGCGGCAGAAUUUGACGCGUUAGACGCAAAUACCACAGCGAUCACCGGCAUCGUGUCGUAUCAACGUAACACCAAUGACAAAACGGAAGAGGACGCCGCGCAAGAUGUAGACACGGACGUGAUACUUCUCGACAAACUUGCUCUCGAAGAUCGUAAAGGUCACAGGUGGGAAUAUUGCAGAACAAAUACCGCAAUCAAUUCGCACGAAGUGUACGUAGAGUUGCAAAGUGAACGAUGCACCCCAUUGUAAUAUUAUUUUAAUGUGUAAAAAUUUUUUUAUCCGAAUAAAAUGAUGGUUUUGUAACCAAUAACAAUCUUGAA